AUGAAACGGUAGGCAGAUAAACAAAGCAGUUGGCGUCAUCGUGAAAAAAGAAAAUAUGAAUGCAUGAAUGUCAGCAGUUUCAUGAAUCAUGUCGUCACUACGAAAACAAAAUUUUAUAUCCUAAAAGAAAAAGAAAAAAGCAUUGUGCAAUCUUCUUUUAAUGUGAAAUGAAGAAACAGACAAAAACAGAGUAACUGAGGGGAAGCGGCACAAACGAAAAUCAGACUGGUGGAUUGAAGCAAUAUGAGACGUUUGGCUCGGCCAUCAAGAAACGUGUUAAUGGAUUUCGGUGCUGGGCGGCCGCUAUUUUGCCUACUUAUUCAAAAUUUUCAGCAUUUCAGACUUGAAAUCAAUCCAGUGGAGCUUGACCCAAAGUUCAUUUGGAGCUCAAAAUACCAUGCACUUAUGGCGGAAGGUGAGGAGGGUCUGGGUGUCCGUCUCCGACAGGCUUAAACCGCAUAAACCCACUGUCAAAGGUGGGAAAGAUGGUGAAACCUGUAGUGGAAAUGGUUUGUUAAAGCUUCAAGAUGAUGUAAAGAUGUGUGGAUAUGAAGACGUACAGGUGAUGUGGGCCUUAUUGAAUUCACCCGAAAUCAAACAAAUAGGUGCCGCAACAACCACGGUGGUGUCUAGCGGCAAACAAUGGCCAUCUUCUUGGACGGCUAUCUCUUGGCAUAACCAAGGAAAUACUGCCUCAUCAUCUUCAUUUUGUUGGGUUAAAUCCGGUAUAGAUAAUAGUUAGAAAUUAUAUACAAAUUUUGUAUAUGAUAUUUUGUUCAUACAACCACAGGAAUGCCAUAUGCCAAUACCUAUCUUCCUUGUACCUUUUUCUUAUUAAAACUGGCGGAAAUUAUAGUUUAAGAAUGAAA